GAAAGCAAGUUCCAGGGAGGCACUACGGUGCGCGUCGCCCACAUCAAGGAAGAAGAUGAACCUCUGUUCCUACACAAAGAAACGGCUCACGAUUGGGCAUUUUUAUUGCCUUGUAGUUCUCGCUACGAUUCUAGGCAUGGCUAUAUACUAUGUACGUUAUCAGAUAGAACCAAGGUAUUCAGUUCAAUCAUUUUAUUGCUGGGACCGACCUGUUCCACAGGUAACUGUAGAAGAGCACGAAGACACGUUCGUGCCGAACAUCGUGCAUUUUGUAAAACUGGGCGAUGCCCCGUUGUCUUUUAUCGAAGUCGUAAGCAUCCGAGCAGCAUGGCUUCAGCAGAAACCGGACUCUCUGAUGAUUCACUGUAACAAUUGCAGCGUGACCACAGGAAGCGAGAACUGGAAGCACAUCAAGGACAUACCGCGACUAACACUCAGCUACGUCGAGAAACCGGAGACAAUAUUUGGCAUCGAGAUCAGCUGUAUCCAGCAUGCCUCCGACGUCGUUCGCAUCAGGGUGCUGAGGAAGUACGGGGGCAUCUACCUCGAUAGCGAUUCCUACAUCGUGAAGAGUCUGGACAAGUACAGGCGCUAUGAAACGGCUAUAGGAUGGCCGCCACGCCAGAACAUCGGCAACCAGGUAAUCGUGGCCCAUAAACGAUCCGAGUUUUUGCGUCUGUACUACGAGUCCUAUCGCAAGUAUCGGCCUGACCUUUGGUAUUACAAUGGCGGUGAGCUACCGACGAAAGAGAUUCUCAGCAAGAAGCCUCACCUUGUCUACAGAGUUCCUUGCGACUUUGGAGUGCACGAAGACAUCGCCAAGAUUUUGUACGAACAGUCGAACGACGACUGGAGGAACUUCAGUGCCGUGCACGUAUUCUUCAGGCCCAGGACUGGCUACUGUCCCUCUGACAAAUUCGGACCAAUCGACCAUUCAUCACCUUCUUCAUACAGGGCUACAUCGAUUUUAUGCGAUCAGAAAUGA